AUUGCACAAUAAGUGAACAAAAAUUCUAGCGUCAUUUAUUUGCAAAUGGCAUUUAAAAUGCAUUGACAAUCACAUCACAUAUAUAUACUAUUCGAUUGCAAUGCUUCAAUCUCACCAGCAGAGGACAGAGUGAUAGUACGCGCUUUGCUCGUUCACGUGAGAAACAACAACUUUGUUCUAAUCAUCUGUUAUCAAAGAAGAUCUUUGCCCAAGACCAUCUAUUUCAUAGGCCUGCCUGAGAUGAUGCAGGCUAUGUGCCUGUACAUAAUGUGUGGCUUCAGAAGAGAAGAGGAGGGGUCGGGGAUGUGGAUCUGGGACCACUGGAGGCAGAUGGUGACCUUUUCACAAAAGUUCACGAAGAAACAUUUGUUGAAAGAUGAAGCGGUACUAAAUCUGACUGCAGCUGCAUCACAAACUGUGAACUGUCUCUUUAAGAGACUUAAAAUUCCUCAAAAUGUAAUAAAAGGGUCUGAAAGAGCUGUAAGUUGCAGACGUUCCCUGCCCGUUACAUCACGAGCUUGUCAAGCGCUCGUGAGAGGGAGACACCGGCGUGACGUCACACCUAAGCAGCAUUAAUUGGAAACAAGAACAAACACGUAGUAAACCGCGAUGAAUGAGAUAAGCGCAGUAACACAUGUGUUGUGACAGAAUAUUUCAAGUGCAUUAUUUUAUAGCUUACGACACAAUUACAUUAAUAUCAAGACAUUAUAGCAGAGAAACUGGGCGAAACUGUGAUUUUACGAGAGAGGUUGAACGAAACGGAGUGUGAGAGACUGUGAGUGACAGCGAGCGCCAGCCGGAGGAGGGAAACAGUCACGCGUGCAUCUCUCAAGACGCAGAACGGAUCUACAGAGGAGUCAUCCGAAGACUGGGGUAAUAAACACCUCCAGGCACCAUCCACACCUCCAUCCUCUCUCUGCCGCUCACUCUCCGCACGCUCAUCUCGCGUCCUGACCCAGCCAGAGCCUCUGACUUUCUCCACAUCAUCGACCCAAUGAAGGAGCCCGACGCCAUCAAACUCUUCAUCGGGCAGAUCCCGCGCAAUCUGGAGGAGAAGGACCUCAAGCCCAUCUUCGAGCAGUUCGGCAAGAUCUACGAGCUGACUGUGAUCAAGGACAAGUACACGGGCGUGCACAAAGGAUGUGCCUUUCUGACGUAUUGUGCACGGGAGUCAGCUGUUAAAGCACAAAGUGCUCUGCAUGAACAGAAAACCCUACCCGGGAUGAAUCGGCCCAUUCAAGUGAAGCCUGCAGACAGUGAGGGGAGAGGAGAGGACAGAAAGCUGUUUGUGGGCAUGCUGGGAAAGCAGCAGUCUGAUGAGGAUGUGAGAAAGAUGUUUGAGCCGUUUGGCAGCAUCGAUGAGUGUACGGUACUGAGAGGACCUGACGGCACCAGCAAAGGUUGUGCGUUUGUGAAGUUCCAGAGUCAUUCAGAGGCCCAGUCUGCCAUUAACAGUCUGCAUGGGAGCCGAACUCUACCUGGCGCCUCCUCCAGUCUGGUGGUGAAGUUUGCGGACACAGAGAAGGAGCGCGGGCUGCGGCGCAUGCAGCAGGUGGCCUCGCAGCUCGGGAUCUUCAGUCCAGUGACACUCAACUUUAAUGCAUAUAAUGCCUACACACAAGCACUGCUUCAGCAGCAGGCGCUGGCUGCGCAGUCGGCAUAUCUGUCACCUGUAGCGACAGUAGCGGCAGUGCAGAUGCAGCAGAUGGCAGCACUCAAUGCUAACGGCAUCAUAGCUGCACCCAUCACUCCCAUCACACCCAUCACGCCCUCUUCAGGCGCAAACACUCCGCCCACUAUUGCAGCCACUCCCGUCUCGGCUCUGCCUCCACCAAUAGGAGUGAACGGCUAUAGUCCCAUACCGGCAACCACCAACGGACAGCCAGCAUCAGAAAUCUACACCAAUGGUGUUCAUCCAUAUCAAGCUCAGAGUCCAGUGGCAGCGGCGUUAGAUCCGCUCCAGCAGGCGUACGCAGGCAUGCAGCACUAUACAGACUCUCUCUGUUUCACAGCCGCCUACCCGACUGCAUACGGAUUGGUCAGCCAGCCGUUUAUACAGCAGCCCACCCUGGUUGCCCAACAACAACCACAGCAGCAGAGAGAAGGUCCUGAGGGGUGUAACAUCUUCAUUUACCAUUUGCCUCAGGAGUUCACUGACUCAGAAAUGCUCCAGAUGUUUUUGCCAUUUGGUAACGUCAUUUCUGCAAAAGUCUUUGUCGAUCGGGCCACCAAUCAAAGCAAGUGCUUCGGCUUUGUGAGCUUCGAUAACCCAGCGAGCGCUCAGACGGCCAUCCAGGCCAUGAACGGAUUUCAGAUCGGCAUGAAGAGACUCAAAGUGCAGCUGAAAAGGCCGAAAGAUGCCAACAGACCCUACUGAGACACAGGCAGGUUGGAGAUUAUUGCAGCAUUCACGCAGCAGACGGACUCCAGACACUGAGCUGCACAGGCUGAAUUGCUAACGUGAGAUGUUUUUUAUCUCGCACACUCACGUGUGUGUGUAUAUGCAAAGGACAAAUAAAAGAUCAUGUACAUAAAUCAACAUGCAUUUAAACACACAAGCACACACAGUUACAGAAAGAUGUCAAUGGUAUUAACAUACACACACACACACACACACACACACACAUGCUACUUCCUAUGGACCUUCUCAACUCUACAAAUGUAUAAAAUAGUAUCAUUUUUCAUACAAAAUGUAAAAAAAUAAAUAAAUAAAUAAAUAAAUAAAUAAAAAUGACAAUUAAAAGAGAGAAGACCAGCCACAGUAAAUGACCAUAAUCAGGUUUAAAUAAUUAAGCGUAAAAUAAACUAUUUAAAAAAGAAAAAAGAAAAUAAGAAUAGUUGCAUUAAAGCAAAAGACGAUAGUUACAGUAUUAUUGUUAUUAUUAUUAUUAUUAUUGUAAGAAAAAAAAAAUCUUAAGAUUUCUACUUUUUCAUUAUAAAUGUGAUGUAAGGGGACUCAGGAACUUCUGGGCAAGUUUUAAUAUUUUAUCUUUUUAUUUAUCUAUUUAUUCAUAUUUGAAAAACAUGGUUUGGGAUGUGGUCUCUUGGUUUUCAUGUUUUUUAGAGAAUACAUUAAAGCAACUGUAAAACUUUGUAACUUAUUGAAAUAUGAAUUACAAUGAUGAUAUUUAUGUCUUAACUUUUUUGACCAAACUUUUGUUUCUAAUUUAAAUAAAAUAAACGUAUUAAAAGAAAGGUCUGUCAUAUGUUUCCUGGAUC